AUGGCAAGCUCGGCUGUUCAGUUGCUUGGCUUCUCUCUAAGCCUGCUCGGCCUAAUUGGGACAUUAAUUGCUACUAUUCUGCCACACUGGUGGCGAACGGCACAUGUAGGCACCAAUAUUAUAACAGCUGUGGCCUAUAUGAAAGGGCUUUGGAUGGAGUGCGUCUGGCACAGCACCGGCAUCUACCAGUGCCAAGUCCACCGCUCCCAGCUGGCGUUGCCCCGUGACCUCCAAGUCGCCCGUGCCAUGAUGGUAAUUUCCUGCGUCCUUUCCACGCUGGCAUGCGUGAUCGCUGUCAUCGGUAUGAAGUGCACGCGGUGUGCCAAGGGGACUUCUGCCAAAGCCUCCAUCGCCGUCUCUGGGGGAAUCGUUUUCAUCCUGGCUGGUCUCGUUUGCCUGGUACCUGUUUCUUGGACCACUAACGACGUUGUUACAGAUUUCUACAACCCCAUGCUUCCCAGUGGGAUGAAGUACGAGAUAGGUCAAGCUCUUUACCUUGGCUUCGUCUCCGCAUCUUUGACGAUCCUCGGCGGUGCUCUGCUGUGCACAUCAAGCCAGUGUCGUGAGAACGAGACACCUUACCAGAUGCAGCCCAGCAGCGUAAGAAGGACUGCUCCCUCCUGUAGACCACCGACUGCCUACAAGGGAAACCAUGCUUCUUCCCUGACAUCUGCUUCCCAUAGUGGCUACAGAUUAAAUGACUAUGUGUGA